ACAAGCAUCGCUCCCACUACAAACUAUCCACUACAAUCAAUAUAGGGGAGCUCUUGUUUCAACAGCACUUUACUAUCACGAGGGUCAAUGUUGAGUUCAGAUUUCUACAUUUGACGUUCUUCCAUAUUCUUGGUUUGUGUGGACAUUCAUUUCAGCUUUUUACUUGACGAAGAAGAGGAUUUAAGGGCCUUUUAGGUCAUCUCUGUCGCGCAAAUAGAGGAGUGUAACGUGAGACAAUGGAGGACGAUGCUCAAGAAAAAAUCCAUGAGGGAUAUCUCAUCACAGGAGAGCAGAAGAAUGUCGAUGGAGGAUCCACCGUUGAUUUCAAGAAACGGAACAAGGUCUAUUUCGUUCUCUGGAAGCGUGGAAAACAUCUUUACAAUCUGGAAGGUUUUACAAACGAAGCGGCGUUCAAAGGGAGGAGGAAGAGCUCCGUCAAUGUGUUUGGAGGUAGAAAGAAAUCUCUCGGUUCUAGUAGGAUCCCAUCUCACAUUCUGACGUCAAGGGUCAACGUUCAUUGUAUGGACAUGAAGAUAGGUCGAAAAACAAAUCACGUGAUCAUUCUCAUACACUCCAAGAUUCCCUAUUACUUCAAAACAAUGAAAGAGCAAGACAUCAAACCUUGGUAUAAAGCUUUUUCUCGUGUAUCUAAAGACAUGGAGACGAGGAAUGAAGACAGAAAACCUUCAGAAGAUGUGGUCCUUCGUGUUAAAAAUCCUAACACCAAUAGCACGGCGAGUAGGGACAGCGGUCGAAGUUCGGAUGCAUCCUCCGCGCGAUCGUCAGUAGAUUCGUCUGGUAGUCGUAAUAGUGACAUCAUCAGUAGCUGCCCUCCAUCACCAUCGUUCAUCCCGAAUAACAUCGUGUUCGAGAUGGAUGAAACGGAGGACCACGGGGAGGACGAUGAUGAGGAUCACAUCACACCGUUAUCAUCUGGGCAGAAGGCACGGCGAAAACUCGCAAGGUCGAUUAUCUACAAGAAGGUAGAACGAAGUGACUCGUCUGGUGAAUGUAAGAAGAAGUAUGACUAUACCGAGGCGAGUCAUAUGGUAUAUGAUUCUGUGAUUCGAACAAGCAUCGCUGGCGAUGACGAGUGCGAUGCUCCUCCAAACUUACCACAAAAGAGAAGAGGUCGUCGAGGUUCAGAACCAAAUCUACAGGUACCGGACGUAUUUCGUCAUCGUCGGGAUCAGAGCCAUUCUCCCAAACUAGACAGGCAAAGAAUCCCUGAAGAGGGGUCACCCCCUCCCCUCCCAGCCAGACCCCCUUCACAUUAUUAUGAGAACACUCGCAGGAUGUCUGUUCCAACUCUUCCAAGCUCACACAAGCCUGAUAGUCAGCAAGAAAAGGGCCCUAAAGUAGUAGAUAUCAGUUUCUUGAUGUGGGAGCAGUCCAAGGGAGCGGAUGGCAUCGUGGUUGAAUUCUCUAAAGCUGAGUUACUGGAUUCAGUAGUCUUAAUCACCAUCAAUAACGAAGUUUGGGUUGCUGGCUGGAAGAAAGACCUGAACAGUCAGUUGUAUGGUAGGCUACAUGUGGGUGAUAAACUGCGUCAAAUUAAUACCCAAGUAGUGACAUCAGCAGAACUUGCCAUGGAAUUCAUCCGAACAACAGCUAUCGAUAAGAUAGAAAUCACACUGUAUCGGUUACCAAAUGCAAACAUACUGAACCUUAACAGAUCUGAUCGCAGUAAACAGUGGGGUAUUCAUCUCAAGUCUAACAUCGAGAUUAAAUCGCUAGCGGAGGGUCCUGCUGUGAAGGAGGGGCUUACACCAAAGGCUAAGGCUUUCUUCUCGGGAAAACCUUGUGACUGGGUCAUCACCGAGAUCAGUCACCAACGCGUUCCUCUCGUCAAGAGUAGCAAAAAUCAGGAUUUGGUGAAAGCUGAACUCGAAGAGGACCAUUUAGUAAUCCCAAUGGUAGUACAACCUCAUGACUUCAUCAAGAAACUUACUGAAGCUAUUGAGAAGAAACGGGGCUCUCAGUUCUACUGAAAGUCGUCACCUUCGACUGCCCUACGACGCAAUCAAGCGAUCACUGGCUCGAUAUCCUUAUCGGCAUUCCUUGCCAUCUUGAUGCAGAACUACGUCUUACUUGCAGGUAUAUCUGCCAUUUUGAAGAGAACACAGAAUGUAAUAGAGUGGGUUUUAACGUGUGAUGACCAAGGACAUCAGCACAAAGUAAAUACCAUUCAGGGUUGGCUGGUGAUGUGAAAGUGCACUCUGUUAUUACCAGUCCAUGAGUUGAUGUUUGUGGUCUCGGAAUGCUUACAUAUUAUUCUAAACUUGUGCAACAGGUUGGUAACUGUGAUUUUGGUUUCGCACGUUCAUGAAAUGUGCCUUCUGACACGACGAUGUUGACAGUGAAAAGAAAAUAAGCAAUGAAAGAACAGCUAAAAUACAGAGCACAUUCGGGAGGUUUGACAGUCACAAAUUGCGGUCCAAAUCUAUACCAGUAAAGUUUCGCGAUGAAAUCAUCAUUAUUAUCACAAACAACAUCCUUCCUAUACCAUCAAUACAUAUUUCUGAAAAAUGUAACUACAUUUUGGAAGUUUUUUCACUGGGAUGUUAGAAAAACAAUGCAUUAUUGUUCACAACACCCAUGUGGCGUUAUAUUUCUGUUUUAAAAAGCAUUUAAAGGCUCAGUACAUUAUAUCUUUGACAGUAGAAAAGUUUGAAUACACUGUACACUGUCGCCCAUAAAGUUGGCCUUUUUCUUGGCUCAUUUCUUGGCUUAUUUCUUGAAAUGAUUGUUAUUGUGUAUGUGGCAUUCGAUGAGUUGUGACUGUUGUGUCAUAUGUGAUCGUGAUUGUGCUUUAAUCUUUGGCAUUUCGACUUAAUUCGUUUGAUAUUGUAGUAUUUUUUGUAUAUAUAUAUACUGAAUUUGUAUAAUGUAUUCUGUUUCAAUGUUUGUUUGUAUCUCUUCCGUUGAGAUGUCAGCAUGAUCGUAUCUUUAAUUUCAGAUUUUGACAUUUUGACAGUUUUUAAAAGGGAAGUCUACCCUGAUAUCGAGUUGGUUUUUAAUAGAAGCAGAAAAAUAAGAGGGACAGGUCAGCGAAAGUUUGGGCAAAUUCCGAUUAAAAAUAAGAAAGCCAUUAAUUAUUUGAGUUGAGAUCAAUCAAAUACAAACUAGCAAAUCUGUAUAGGCUACGUAUCUUUCAAGGUCCCCUCCAAUUUGCUCUAUGUACUUAACAAAAUAUUAACAAAAAACUUUCUUUGACCAUAAAUUGAUAUCGGGGUGGACUUCGCAUUUCAUUUCAAUUCCAAACAUACCAGAGUAGAAAAUAACAAAGAUCUUCAUAUUAUUUCAUGUCCCGGUAAUUUAAAUGUUCUCAUUUGAUAAUAUAUAUGAAUGUGUACACAUAACUCUAAUAUCGAAGCAGGGUAUCGCAAUCCUGUAAAGAAAAAUAUAAUCUUAAUGAUUCAUAUAUGUAUGUUAUAUCUCAUAUAUUCAAGUCGCAUAAGACGUAAUUAUACACACUGGUACAUCGUGUACUCAGAUUAGUGAUGGCAUGUUACAGAAAAAAUGAAAACUCUAAUUAUGUUGGUGCUCAUAUACUUGGAAAGCCGCAGAGUGUAAAAAUUAGAAAAAGUAGCAUAAUACAGAUAAUAUCUAGACAUACUAGUUUGAUAUACUGAUUCAUGUCAGCCACAAUACAAUUUAUUGAGUCAGGUUAUUUCAUUUUAUAAUUUAGCAAGUCUUUACAAUGCAUUCUAAUCUAAGUAAAUAUGGUGAAAAGAUGUUUGUUAUUUCCACAUACAACAUUUAUCGCAUAUAACACCAAAAAACACCUUGUAAAACAAAUAUCAUUCAAGAGCCUUGCUACUCCCCGAUCACCAAGAAGAGUCAAGGCAGUACAAGCUGGAAAAUAAUUCACAGAUUGUUAUGAGUUAUUAACCUUAAUUGAUGACUUAGUCUGAAAAAUGAAUGUCAAUCUGAAGAAAAAAAUUGUUCCUACAUUGAUUACAUUAUGAACAUCGGUUUCAAAGCUUUCUUACUGCUUUAAUAAUAUAAUUGGACAUGGUCUACCUGUGCAAUGAUAACAAUCCAGAUGUUUAAGCUUUAUUAUAUAAUGACCUUGCUUGGCACAAAAUGACAACUUAAUAAUAAGGGUAUAAACAGCAUGGCCCUUACAUGAAGGUGUUAACGCAUUUAGUGAGCUUCUAAUAUCUUGUUCUUUGUGCCGAAUUGUACAAUGCAUUGACAAUACAUUAGUGGAUAUACAAUUAUUUUCUAAAUAUUUAUGUAUUCUGUUUUCAUGGUUACUUGUAGAUUAUAAUAGAUUGCUGUAUUUAUUUUUAAAUGUAUUUAUAGAUGUUUGCCAAUUUACCCUUGUAUGUUGUUAAUACCGAUAUGAAAUAUGGAUUGUAAACGCAACAAUAACGUCCGAAAAAAAUCCAGAUACUUUUCGUAACAACUGGGAUCCCUCAGUGAAAUAUAUUUACUUAUGAAGUUAUCAAGCUUGUGAAUAAAUAACAGUGUACAUGAAAUAUAUAGGUCUAGUUUUUUAAUAGUCUGCUAAACAUGAAGGGGCAAAUUGGUAAGUUCCCUAAAGAGGAGAGUAUGUGAACUGUCUUAUGUAAAGCGUACAUGUAAAUCUAUAUACCGCUUAGUCAAACUGUUUAGAUAUUCCACUGCAUUAAAUGAUGCCGGUGAUGGAUGUGUAUUAUAAGCAUGAGAUCAAUGCCUCUACAGACCAUUGUACAAACCUUCACUUCAUAUUAUUCGUUUGCAAGUCAUAAAACGGACAAUUCUAGUCAAGGUUUAAUUUUCUUAGUAGUAAAAAGAUUCAGAAUGAAGGCUGAUAAACUAUAAUCUGUCAUUGUGACAUAUUUAGAAGUUAUGAGAGCUGAUGAAUGUGUUUUAUAGAUAAAGUAUAAACUUGAGGUCCAUGCGUACUUACAAAAAUGUAAAUCUAUUCGGCGGGCAUCCAUUUCAACUUUUAUGGCGGGUACCAGAUUACAUACAGGAAUUUAUUAAUUCCAACGUUGCAUUUAUUUGUAAUUUUUUUGUUAGUUGAUUGUUAAAAGGCAAUGUAAUCAUUUUUAUUCAAAGUGCUGGUUCACAUUAAAUAAUAUG